GUGAAAUUUUAUGGUUAUUAAUACUUUUAUCAUUAGCAAUAUUUUUGUCCACUGUAAACAAUCAUUAAACAUUUGAAUGCGAAAAGAGACUAAGUAGGUAAAAUAAUGUGGCUUCAAUUUAUUAUUUUAUUAAUGUCAUACGCUGGAGAGCUUUUUGCAUCUAAACAGGUCGAAGUAGAAGCGGAUGUACAGAUGGACCCCAGUUUUAUUGAAUUAAUAAAACAAGGCCUUGAUGAUGAACUGGAAUUAGGAUACUUUAGAAGUCAAUCGGAUGGCGAUGGUCCUAUAAUGGAGAUAAUUAAAGACAAUGCUUUACAUGAGCUGUUAAGAGAACAUUUACCAGAGAUAACAACUGGAGGUUAUUCAAUAUUUGCACAAAUAAAUAAAUAUGAAGAGCGAUCACAGCAGAAAGGCAUUGAUAGUAUUCAAGCUAUUGCAGAUCAUGCGCAAAACAGUCUUAACUUUUUAAAAUCCGAUUUUAUUCCUAUAGUAAAAAAGACAAACGCCGAUUAUAUUAUAAUGUUGAAGAAAUACUUUUCAGACCUUGGCAGGGAAAAACCUGUUUUCGAGGUAGAUAAAGAAUAUAUGAUUUUAGAUAUGAUUAACGUUGCUUGUAUGAUUAGAAUGAAAACUCACAAAAAACUCUUGAAGAGAUUGUUGGCUUUAGCUCAAGGCACGACAGAAGAUGAAGUAGAAAUACUAUCUGAUACGCUUCGCAUAUUUAGUGAUAAUGAUAAACGGCAGGAAGUGAACUUCAUGUGUGCGAGUUAUAAAAUUUGUAGACCAAAUCCUACAUUCUCAGAAUACCUGUUUAGAUUACUGGAGAAAGUUGUGAACCUGGACGAUGAGCAAUUUCAAUAUUGUAUUAUAAGAGUUUCAAAAUUAUUACUUACAAAGCGGAACUUUUUUGAAAGCGUAUUACGGGAAAAUAUAGUUGCUUUUUUGGAAACGAAAUUCCAUGAUAUGUCUUCAACAGAAGUACAAGAAAUGAGACGCAUUAUAGCAUUUUUACAUUCUAUUAUAAUUCGACGGUACAAAAUUAAUCACACCAAUGAUAAAAAAAUACAAGACAAGGCGAAAUCGGCAUUUAUAAUUUUAGACAUUGUGGAUACUGCCUUUGGAAUAGAUGGCAAAGAUGUAUAUGGUACUCAUAUGGAGAAAUGGACUUCAUCAAUCGCAGAUUGGGCAAACAAUAUUAUGAAUAACAUAGACACGACAUUAUAUGACUUAGUACAAUAUGUUUUUGAAGCCAUGGCUUACAAUUUUUCAAAGCGAGCUAAAGAAGAAAUAAUGGCAUUGGCAGAUAUACUUUUUUUUGACACUGUCACAAAACAAAACGCAACGGAAUAUUUGUUGACUGAAGGCUCAAAGUUUGUCAGAGGAUUACUUCAUCCACCAGAGCCGAAAAAGCUUUGGUAAACCGAUUUGAUACGUGUGUUUCCUCUUUUAAUACCUAUGUGUUUCAAAUAUAUUUAUUUUAAUGUAAUAGGCUAUUAGACUCAUAUCUAAUUUAACGCAAUAAAUGAUUGUCUUCUGUAAUAUUUGACAUAAGAAACCAAUAUUUAAUGAUUUUGGGUAUUAAAUGUGUACGACGACGUAUCUUUAAU